UUAGUCGAAUGGCGCGCGGAGAGAGGUCGCGAGGCUGGGAAGUUUUACAAGUUUAGUUUGUAUUUCGCCUCUAGAGACGUGUCUCGCGCGGCGUUACAAAAACGUGACAUUUACCUGCGGGUUGUGACAUUUGAAAUAGUUAAUUUUGCUAAAAAUGUGUUGUUAGUGUUGUAGAACUAGUGCGCAAUACUAAACAAUGGGUUCUAAAAUCGAAUACGUGGACUCGUCGCAUUUGUACGCUACGAAUUACGUCCGUAAUUCGAAAGCUAUUGGUGUGCUUUGGGCCAUAUUCACGAUUUGCUACGCGAUUAUCAGCGUUGUGGCCUUCGUGACUCCAGAAUGGAUCGGGGACUUGGAGACGGAGUACCCCAGGAAGUUUGGGCUGUGGCAGAUCUGCCGAGCAGAUGAUGUCGAGGACUGCAAGGGGAGGCUGGAGGAUUUCAUGUCGAUCAACGGCUUCGUGUUCAAAAUAGCGACACUUCUAGUCGGGGCAGCAGUUGCAUUAGCUCUGUUCACUAUCUGUGCGAUGCUUCUGUUCUUCUUCUGCCAGUCCACGACCGUGUUCCACAUUUGCGGCUGGCUGCAGCUGCUAUCAGCCAUCUGCAUGGUGGGCGGCGUAGCGGUGUACCCGGCGGGGUGGGGCGACGUCGCCGUGCAGGAGACGUGCGGACCUGCCGCAGACCAAUACCACAUAGGCGGCUGCCACGUCCGCUGGGCGUACCUGCUGGCGGUGAUCGGUUGUCUGGACGGCGUGGUGCUCGCCGCGCUCGCCUUCAUCCUCGCCACCAGGCACGUGCGCCUGCAGCCCGACACCAACUACCCCAGCGCCUCGCUCUAUAAAGGCGAGGUGAACAACGCGUACGUGACGGACGCGGCGUCGAUGUCCGGGUCGCGGAAGUCGCUGGCGUUGCAGCCGGUGCUGUUGAUGCCCCAUCCCCACGCACACCCGCACCACGUCGACCUCGACACGUACUCCCACUACUCAGGCCGGACUCAGCGCUCCAAGCACGGCAUGUACGCCAACACCAUGCACAACUACCAGCUCUGAUUGUACAGACUACAGGCUGCAGGAUUUUGUUAUUAUCAAGUACCAUCGAGGAAAAUGAUUCCUAGGCACUUGACGGACCUACGUCAUUUGGUCGGCUUAUGUCAAUUCAGUGUUCUGCUGUGUUCGGUCGGAUCACGGAUGGCCUGGGUUUGAGUUUUGACUUAACGCGACCAAAUUACUUAGGUCCGCCACCUGUCUAGGAAUCAGGAAUCAGGAUUGUACAGGCUAUACCUACUUAUAGAAUUUUGUUGUUAACAAGUAUACGGGUGUUUUUAGAGUCAUGAGUUUUUGUUGAGCACACAGAUGAGUCCACGUAGGACAUUAUUUACCAUGAAAUCUAUUGUUAUGGAAUUUAUCUAAGUACAUAUUUAACCUACGAUAAUAAUAUGGAACCUGUGUUAGGUAUAUAUAAUAAAUUGUAAACUAUGCCACCCAAGUCACUUGUGAGUUGUGACAAAAAUGCAUGACUCCAAAAGACCUAAUAGUAGUUAGUACCUAUUUCACAGCCUACUGUUGUGAAGACGCUAUGUGGUACCUGGAAGCUCAGACUCGAAUAAAAUUCAUAAUGCAAAGACAGU